AUGAGCCGCGACAUUGCAGCAUGGAGAUCCCAGGAGUUACUGGAUUCUCUCAUUGUUCCAGCAGAUGAUGGGAUGAUGAGUGACAAUGGGAAUGAGGAGGAGGAGGAAGAAGAGGAGGAGGUUGUGGUCACACAGCAGGAUGGAGGAGGUGGUGGAGGAGAAGAUGAUGGUGGAGGGAAUGUUGCAGUGGAGAAAGUGGAUGCCCAGCAGGACGCUCUAGUGGAGAAGUUGAAGGAGAAAGCCGGCAAUGAAAGCCAGGGCCAGGCAGCCUUAGAGGAGCAGCCAAAGAAGCCCUUGGGGAAGAAACAGGGCAGCAAGCCAGUCACCCACCGUGGCUUCAAGAAGUUCUCUACUCGAGGCCACCAUGGGCUACUUGGCCAUGCUGGGCGGUGCCUUGAUUGCGGGAAGGGCUUUGGCUUUGGCAAGCGCUCGCGGCUGCAUAGCAGUGCCAGCAUGGAGAAGCCAUACAAGUGCAAUGAGUGUGGCAAAUGCUUCCGCCUCAACUCCACCCUGGUGACCCACCAGCGGCGCCACACCAGCACCAAGCCCUACCGCUGUGCCGAAUGUGGCAAGAGCUUCAGUGUUGGCUCAGCCUUCAUCCAGCACCAGCGCAGCCAUGCAGGUAAGAAGACGGGUGCCAGCCCAGCUCGGCCCUGUGAGUGCAACGUUUGUGGCAAGAGCUUUGGCCUCCCUGCCCAUCUCAUCAAACACCAGAAGCAGCAUCUGGAAGAGAAGCCCUACAAGUGCACCGAGUGUGGCAAGGGCUUCAACUGGAACUCGCACUUGGAGCGCCACCGACGCAUCCACACGGGUGAGAAACCCUACGUCUGUGAGGACUGCGGCCGUGCUUUUGCUUGGAGCUCUCACCUGGACCGCCACCGACGCAUCCACUUUGGCAGCAUCCAGACUUCCCCUUGUAAAUGCUGUCUGGCCGUUGCUGCAGCACCGGCUAGCAAAGCCAGCACCAAACCCUACCAGUGCAGUGACUGUGGCAAAGGGUUUAAUAAGAAUGCAGCGCUGUCCAAGCACCGGCGGGCUCAUCAUGCUGCUGAGAAACCUUAUGUAUGUGAGGACUGUGGGAAGAGCUUUGGGCUGAAUGGUGCCUUGCUGCAGCACCGGCGCACUCGACACCCCAAUGACUUUGCCAAGCCUUACACUUGCAGUGACUGUGGGAAGAGCUUUGCCUGGAGCUCCCACUUGGACCGACACCGGCGCAUUCAUGCCGGUGACAAGCCCUACCACUGUGAUGACUGUGGCAAGGGUUUCUCACAGAGCUCCCACCUGGAGCGGCACCAGCGUGUGCACAGGAGUGCUGAACACCCCCCCUGUCGCUGCACGGACUGUGGUUUCUUGGGAGCCCGGAGGAAACGCCGACGUGGGACCUUACUCCCCUGCAAGUGCAGUGACUGUGGCAAGAGUUUCCUCUGGCGGCGCCCAGCUUGCAGUGAGUGCGGGAGGGGUGGGGGGGAGGGCGUGCGGCACCAAGGAACUCAGACAGGUGAGAAGCCCUACUCUUGUAUAGACUGUGGUAAAUGCUUUGCCCAGAACUCAGCAUUGGCCAAGCACCGUCGUAUGCACACCGGUGAGAAGCCGUACAAAUGCAAUGAGUGUGGCAAAAGCUUCAGUGUGCGCUCCAACCUGCUGAAGCACCAACGCACCCACCUGGGCGAGAAGCCCUACAAGUGUGGUGAUUGUGGCAAGGGUUUCAUCCAGAAGUCCGAUCUCACCAAGCACCGGCGCAUGCACACCGGCGAGAAGCCGUACCGCUGUGAUGCCUGCGGCAAGUGCUUCAGCGUCAGCUCCAACCUCAUCAAGCACCAACGCAUCCACCUGGGCGAGAAGCCCUACGCAUGCGGGGACUGUGGCAAGGCCUUUAUCCAGCGCUCGGAGCUCACCAUCCACCAGCGCACCCACACUGGGGAGAAGCCCUACAAGUGCAGCAUCUGCGGCAAAUGCUUCAGCCGCAGCUCCCACCUGAACCGCCAUCAGCGCACCCACAGCAAUGACAAGGCCUCUGUGGGCACAGCCACAGCCCCUGCCUCACUGCUUGCUGUCGGCACCACCAAGCCUGCCACGCCUCUCCCCGCCUCAGCCUUCUCUGCUUCCUACACCUCACCCAGCCCACUUCCCACCUUGCCUUCCUUCCCUUCUUCUCCCUCCUCCCUCCCCAUCCCUUCUCUAGAUCUACCCUGGGCUCUGCCUUUCCCAACCCGAGGCUUCCAACAUCCCUCUUUCCCCUCUCCUGCCCCUUCUGGGGCCCAGGCCUCUUCUUUGAUAAACUAG